AUGAUUCAUAUCUGUUUCAGCACUAUGCAGAUUUUCGUCAAAACUCUAACAGGAAAGACUAUUACGCUUGAAGUCGAAGCUUCGGACACUAUUGAAAAUGUUAAAGCCAAGAUUCAAGACAAGGAGGGAAUUCCCCCAGAUCAGCAACGACUGAUCUUCGCAGGAAAGCAACUCGAGGAUGGACGUACCCUAUCUGACUACAAUAUCCAGAAGGAAUCCACCCUCCACUUGGUUCUCCGACUUCGUGGUGGAAUGCAGAUCUUUGUCAAGACUCUUACUGGAAAGACUAUUACUCUUGAAGUCGAAGCCUCAGAUACCAUUGAAAAUGUCAAGGCCAAGAUCCAGGACAAAGAAGGGAUUCCCCCAGAUCAGCAGCGAUUGAUCUUCGCUGGAAAGCAACUCGAGGAUGGACGUACCUUGUCCGACUACAACAUCCAGAAAGAGUCCACACUUCACUUGGUCCUUCGACUUCGUGGUGGAAUGCAGAUCUUUGUCAAAACCCUCACAGGAAAGACCAUCACUCUCGAGGUCGAAGCCUCGGAUACUAUUGAAAACGUGAAGGCCAAGAUCCAGGACAAGGAGGGAAUUCCCCCAGACCAGCAGCGAUUGAUCUUCGCAGGAAAGCAACUCGAGGAUGGACGCACCUUGUCCGACUACAACAUUCAGAAGGAAUCCACUCUGCACUUGGUCCUCCGACUCCGUGGUGGAAUGCAGAUCUUCGUUAAGACCCUUACUGGAAAGACAAUCACCCUUGAAGUCGAAGCUUCGGACACCAUUGAGAACGUCAAGGCUAAAAUUCAGGACAAGGAGGGAAUUCCCCCAGACCAGCAGCGCUUGAUCUUCGCAGGAAAACAACUUGAGGACGGACGCACACUUUCUGACUACAACAUUCAGAAAGAAUCCACACUCCACUUGGUUCUCCGUCUUCGUGGUGGAAUGCAAAUCUUCGUCAAGACUCUUACUGGAAAGACAAUCACCCUCGAAGUCGAGGCAUCUGAUACCAUCGAAAACGUCAAGGCCAAGAUUCAGGAUAAAGAAGGAAUCCCACCGGACCAACAACGACUGAUCUUUGCUGGAAAGCAACUCGAGGAUGGACGUACUUUGUCUGACUACAACAUUCAAAAGGAAUCCACCCUCCACUUGGUCCUCCGUCUUCGUGGUGGAAUGCAAAUCUUCGUCAAGACCCUCACAGGAAAGACAAUUACCCUGGAAGUCGAGGCAUCCGAUACCAUCGAAAACGUCAAGGCCAAGAUUCAGGAUAAAGAAGGAAUUCCCCCAGAUCAGCAACGAUUGAUCUUCGCAGGAAAGCAACUCGAGGAUGGACGCACUUUGUCCGACUACAACAUCCAGAAAGAGUCCACCCUUCACCUGGUUCUCCGACUUCGUGGUGGAAUGCAAAUCUUUGUCAAGACCCUUACUGGAAAGACCAUCACCCUCGAAGUUGAAGCUUCUGAUACCAUUGAAAAUGUGAAGGCUAAGAUUCAGGACAAAGAAGGCAUUCCUCCAGAUCAGCAGCGUUUGAUCUUCGCCGGAAAGCAACUUGAGGACGGACGUACUCUUUCGGAUUACAACAUCCAGAAGGAAUCAACCCUUCACUUGGUUCUCCGACUUCGUGGUGGAAUGCAAAUCUUUGUUAAGACCCUUACUGGAAAGACCAUCACCCUCGAAGUUGAGGCUUCUGAUACCAUCGAAAACGUGAAGGCCAAGAUCCAGGAUAAGGAAGGAAUUCCUCCGGACCAGCAGCGACUGAUCUUUGCUGGAAAACAGCUUGAGGAUGGUCGCACUUUGUCCGAUUACAACAUCCAGAAAGAGUCCACUCUUCAUCUUGUCUUGCGUCUUCGCGGAGGAAACUGA